AUGUCUGCUUUUCUGAAAUUAGUGCUUCUGAUCUCUCUGUUCCAUUUUGGCUCGGCAGCUCGGAGCCUUUCUGAGACUCCUUCUGACCAAACCCAGCAACCAUCUUUGCAAUUUCAGUACCACAAUGGCCCUCUCCUCUCUGGCAAAUUCUCCAUCAACUUGAUCUGGUACGGCAACUUCAAACCCUCCCAGCGUGCAAUCGUCUCUGAUUUCAUCACCUCCCUUGCUUCUCCUUCCCAAUCCAAACCCACCUCAGGCCAACCAUCUGUUGCCACGUGGUGGAAGUCCAUAGAGAAAUACUACCACCUCUUGAGUUCCAAGAAACAAUAUUCUCUCUCCCUCUAUUUGGGCACCCAAAUCUUGGAUGACAAGUACUCUCUGGGGAAAUCCCUCACUGCUCGUCAAAUCCAGCAAUUGGCCUCAAAGGGUGCCCAGAAUUAUGCAAUCAACGUAGUUUUGACCUCAUCUGAUGUUUUGGUUGAUGGGUUUUGCAUGAGCAAAUGUGGAAGCCAUAGCUCUUCCUCUAGCUCCAGCCACAUUAGGGGCAAAACCCAGAAGUUUACUUACAUUUGGGUGGGAAACUCCGAGACCCAAUGCCCUGGCCAGUGUGCCUGGCCAUUCCAUCAGCCCAUCUAUGGGCCCCAGGGCCCUCCACUGGUGGCCCCCAACAACGAUGUGGGCCUAGACGGCAUGGUCAUCAACCUGGCUAGCCUUUUGGCUGGGACUGUGACCAAUCCAUUUGGAAAUGGCUACUACCAAGGUCCCAAAGAGGCUCCAUUGGAGGCUGCUUCUGCUUGCCCUGGGGUUUAUGGGAAAGGCGCUUAUCCUGGUUAUGCUGGAAACCUCUUGGUGGACCCCACAACCGGUGCUAGCUACAAUGCUAAUGGUUCUAAUGGGAAGAAGUUCUUGCUUCCUGCUCUGUUUGACCCUUCAACCUCAACUUGUUCUACUCUGGUUUGA